GACAUAUCCGACGUCGGAUGUUGCUCGACCCAUUUGCCAAGACGUCGGGAGCGCGAUGUCUGACACUGCUUGACUCUCGAUUUCUAACGGCGGAAAAGACCAGCCAGAGAGAGAGAGAAGCCUUGGAACUCGAAGAAGCGCGAGGCGCCUCAACUCGAAGUGCUACUGGCAACUGCAGAGUUAAGAUGCUUGAUGCGUGGGCCGCCCAAUCGACAAACUGUCGGGGAUUUUCUCAGCCACCCCAGUCUCUCUCGUGGAUCAGUGGCCAUCGCCGGCAAUCUUCCUCUUUCUGUCGCUCUGCCUCUCUUGCUUCUCUUUACCCCAAUGCUUGAGGUGAUAUUCUCAGGUCAUUGAUCGAAUCCUUGUGCAUAAUC